AUGUCGGACACUCCGGGAGACGAGCGCACCCUUGCGGGUGACAUUCAGCGUCCUGUCGACGUUAUAGAAGCAGAGGCCGUAUUUACUGAAUUGUCUCGUCAACUCACAAGGCGUUCCCGUGCUAGCGGCAAGCAGUCCUCAGAAAACGAAAAGGGAGGGACCGCUCAUGUGCAAGAUCUCGAAAAGGCUCACAGCGACGAAUACGAAGAGACAUUCGAUCUGCGCGAGUACCUCAGCUCUUCUAAUGACGCUACGCAAGCUGCUGGUAUCAAGCACAAGCAUGUAGGUGUCACUUGGGAGAAUUUGAACGUACAGGUAGCCGGCGCCACCGGUCAUAAGGUAUACGUCAGGACAUUUGGGCAGGACGCCUUGAACUUCUGGCUGACCCCCUUCCAAAUCGUCUGGCCAUAUAUCGCCAAAGUUAUACCGUCUAAGCGGGCACCCGUACAGACCACCACCAUCCUUCAUGAACAAUCAGGUCUACUCAAACCUGGCCAGAUGUGUCUUGUUCUGGGUUGCCCGGGAGCGGGAUGCACGACAUUUCUUAAAAAUCUUGCCAACGAGCGACGCGAGUACGCCAACGUUUCUGGUGACAUCCGCUAUGCGGGCAUCGAUGCCAAGGAAAUGGCUAAGCACUACAAGGGUGAAGUCGUCUAUAAUCAAGAAGAUGAUAUCCACAUCGCCACACUGACCGUCUCGCAGACCUUAGACUUUGCACUAUCGCUGAAGACGCCUGGUCCGAACGGCCGCUUACCCGGCCUCUCGCGCAAGGAGUUCAAUGAGGCUGUUAAGAACAUGCUACUCAAGAUGCUCAACAUCCCCCACACUGCGAACACCUAUGUCGGCGAUGAGUUUGUCCGCGGCGUAUCCGGCGGCGAGCGCAAGCGUGUGUCGUUAGCGGAGAUGAUGGCCACGCGCGCGCAUGUCCUGUGCUAUGAUAAUUCUACGCGUGGUCUUGAUGCUAGUACUGCGCUCGACUUUGUCAAGUCGCUCCGCGUCAUGACAGACGUGCUCGGCCAGACCGUCUUUGUAACCCUGUACCAGGCGGGAGAGUCGAUCUAUGAGCUUUUCGACAAGGUGCUCGUGCUUGACAAGGGUCGGCAGGUGUACUACGGCCCGCCUUCAUGCGCGCGUGCGUACUUUGAAGGUCUCGGUUACCGCCCGCUGCCCCGCCAGAGCACACCGGACUACCUCACGGGUUGCACGGAUCCGAACGAGCGACAGUUCGCUGAUGGGCGCUCAGAGGCAGACGUACCCACCACGCCGGAGGAACUCGAGGCAGCAUUCCAGGGCUCAGAAUUAGCACGCGAGACGUCGCGAGACCUGAGUGAGUACAAGGUUCUGAUGGAGCACGAUAAGGCGGACCAGGAUGCGUUCCGCGCCGCGGUUGCCGCGGACAAAAAACGCGGCGUGUCGAAGAAGAGCCCGUACACGCAGGGUUUCAUGAACCAGGUCCGCGCGCUGGCGAUUCGGCAGUUCCAGAUGCGCCUGCAGGACCGGUUCCAGUUGAUCACAAGUUACUCGCUUUAUACCAUAUUGGCUCUCAUCAUCGGCGCAGCUUUCUUCAACUUGAAGCCAGAUGCUGCAGGUUCAUUCACUCGAGGCUCGGUGAUUUUUGCUGGAUUGCUCACGGCUUGUUUGGACACGUUCGGAGAAAUGCCUACACAAAUGCUUGGCCGGCCCAUCAUCAAGAAACAGACAGGCUAUAGCCUGUACCGUCCGUCAGCCAUUGCAAUCGCCAAUACGCUAGCCGACAUUCCGUUCUCUGCGGUGAAGGUCUUCAUUUACAACAUCAUCAUUUACUUCAUGUCCGGCCUUGCACGUAAUGGCGGUGGAUUCUGGACUUUUCAUCUAUUCGUCUACCUCGCGUUCCUCACGAUGCAGGGGUUCUUCCGAUCGUUUGGAUUCAUGUGCUCGAACUUCGAUGCCGCGUUCCGGCUAGCGACAUUCUUCCUGCCGAACAUGAUUCUGUAUGUCGGUUACAUGAUUCCCGUUUUCCAGAUGAAGCGAUGGUUGUUCUGGAUUUACUACAUCAACCCUCUUGCCUAUGCAUGGUCCGGUAUCACGGAGAACGAGUUCGGCCGCAUUUCUCUUGCAUGUGACGGGAGCUACAUUGUGCCUCGUAACCCUCCCGGUGUCAACAAGUAUCCUGAUGGGGUCGGUCCCAAUCAAAUAUGUACGCUGUACGGUGCCUCCGCGGGACAAAACUCCGUCGCCGGGCGCGCAUACAUCGACUCGGGAUAUGGUAUCGACACUGACGACCUCUGGCGCCGUAAUUUCCUCGUGCUACUAGGUUUCUUCUUCUUGUUCCAGCUCACGCAGGUCCUACUCGUGGAGUACUAUCCCCAAUAUUUCGGAAGCUCGGGGGCGACUGUCUACGCGCCUGAGGACGAUAACCUGAAGGCACUCAAUGCUGUUCUCAAGGAGCGCAAGGCGCAUCGUGAGGCCAAUAGGGGAACCGAGGAUGUUGAGGCAGGAGUCAGUAAGGAGAGUAAAAGCGAACUCGAGUUCGACGCUAAGCCCUUUACAUGGGAGACGAUCAACUACCAUGUUCCAGUGGCCGGCGGUAUGCGCCGCCUCUUGCAUGAUGUCCAUGGCUACUGCAAACCGGGAACAUUGACCGCUCUUAUGGGAUCGUCUGGCGCAGGUAAAACGACGUGUUUGGAUGUACUCGCUCAACGUAAAAAUAUCGGUGUCGUUAGUGGUGACUUGCUCCUUGACGGUCGGCCGUUGCGUAGUGAUUUCGCCCGUAAGACUGCAUAUGCUGAGCAAAUGGACGUGCAUGAGGGCACAGCUACCGUGCGGGAGGCAAUGCGCUUCUCCGCCUACCUCCGCCAGCCAUACGACGUACCCAAGGAAGAGAAGAACGCAUAUGUGGAAGAGAUGAUUGAGGUACUGGAGCUGCAGGAUCUUGCGGACGCCAUCGUUUCCAGCCUUGGCGUGGAAGCACGCAAGCGAUUGACCAUCGGUGUGGAGCUUGCUAGUCGUCCUUCGCUGCUCUUUUUGGAUGAGCCUACAUCGGGGUUAGACGGGCAGAGCGCAUGGAACCUCGUGCGCUUCUUGAGAAAGCUUGCGGACAGCGGCCAGGCGAUCCUAUGCACUAUUCACCAGCCGUCGUCCAUGCUGAUCCAGACGUUCGACAAGCUGCUCCUACUCGAAAGGGGUGGUGAGACGGUGUACUUUGGUGAUAUCGGUCCUGAUUCGUCCAUUCUCCGUGAUUACUUUGCUCGUCAUGGCGCGGUCUGCCCUUCCAACGUCAACCCGGCCGAGUUCAUGCUUGAUGCUAUAGGUGCAGGCUUGGCGCCUCGCAUCGGUGACAGGGACUGGAAGGAUGUCUGGUUGGAUUCGAAGGAGUACUCUGAGAUGAGGGCAGAGAUCGCCCGUAUUAAGAGCGAGUGUGUGGCGAAGCCUCUGUCUGAGAACGACAAGCCUGCCGCAUAUGCCACACCCUUCUUCUAUCAGCUGAGGGUCGUCGUAGAACGGAACAGCACUAUGUUAUGGCGGUCGCCCGAUUACGUCUUCAGCCGGCUCUUCGUUCACGGCUUCAUCUCGCUAUUCGUGUCUUUGCCCUUCCUCCAACUUGGUAACUCGAUGCGCGAUCUCCAGUACCGUGUCUUCGGAAUUUUCUGGGUCACCAUUCUGCCUGCUAUCGUCAUGGGUCAGCUGGAACCGAUGUGGAUCAUCAACAGACGUAUCUUCGUUCGAGAGGCAUCGAGUCGGAUCUACUCACCAUAUGUAUUCGCAAUUGGUCAGCUUGUCGGAGAGACACCGUAUUCCAUCCUAUGCGCCAUUCUGUAUUGGGUACUCAUGGUCUACCCUAUGGGCUUCGGCAAGGGCUCCGCAGGCGUUGCUGGAACAUUCUUCCAGUUGCUCAUUGUCCUUUUCAUGGAGCUGUUCGGUGUCGGUUUCGGCCAGUUGAUCGGUGCCCUUUCUCCGAGCAUGCAGAUUGCGCCGCUCUUCAACCCCUUCAUGGGUCUCGUGCUCAGCACGUUCUGUGGUGUCACCCUCCCGUACCCGACCAUGGAGAAGUUCUGGCGGUCGUGGUUGUACCAGCUCGACCCAUACACGCGUACCCUCAGCACGAUGCUAGCCACUGAGUUGCACGGCUUGAAAAUCGAAUGUGCUGCGAGCGAGUUCAAUCUGUUCAACCCGCCGUCAGGACAGACAUGCCAGCAGUGGGCGGGAGAAUUCGUAGCAGGAUUCGGCGGCUACUUGAAUAACCCCAAUGCCACGGAGGCAUGUCAGUACUGCCAAUAUGCGGUUGGUGACCAAUUCUUUGAGCCUCUCAACAUCCGGUACGACAACAGGUGGCGGGAUGCAUUCAUCUUGUUCUCAUUCUUCAUAUUCAACGUCAUUUGCACAAUCGCUGCCUCUCGGUUCCUCCGCUACGCAAAGCGGUAGAACUGCUGCCAUCUGUUAUCGUCUGCAAUCGGUUUUGCCUUCUGGUCAGUAUGAUAUGUUGCACGUAUUGCUUAUAAUCUAUAGAGAUCAUUUUAACCCGAUUCGGUCCAUGCUAUUACGGUACUUCAUGAUCACGACAACGUCCACGGCUGUACUGGAUCUCUCAUGUUUACUCCACUAUGUCGAUAUGCUGUUCAACAUCCCCGUCUUGGUAGACUGCAUUUAGAUAGUCAAAC